UGGAGAAAGAAGGUUCCUUCCUUUCCUUUCCUCUCAUCUCCCUCUUCAUCUCGUGAGUCAAGUUCCACUCCGACCGCCGUGACCUAGAGACGGCGCCGUAGCUUACCGUCCCCGCCGACGCCACACCCCCAAACACUCCGCCGCCUCUCACGCGCGUCGCUGCUCCCGUUCUACCUCCAUCCCGUCCCUGCUGUCUCGCAAUCUUGGGCAGUUAUUUUGGAGGAUCGGGCGGCCGCGCUGAAGUCUAAACUGUGCACUUUCAGGAGGAAUUGUUACCAUUUCAGAUUGCCUGUCCGUGUUUCCGCAAAUGUUUUGGUGAAAUUUGGACAUUGUGCUCGUCUAGUAGCUUUGGGGGUAUAGAAUUAUAUUGCCUGUUGUGUUCUCAAAGGUUGAGGCAGCUCCUGAUUGCAAAGAACCGGCCAGUUGCUGACUUCCCCGGGCGUUUCCAUUCAGACAGUUUGUUCAAGAUGCCAAAUGCAGAGAACAAGUUGUUCAGGAUGACAAGUGCAGAUGCCAAUAUUGCUGCGCUGCACAAGGAAUGGGAUGAUGCUCGGUGUCCAAUUUGCAUGGACCAUCCCCACAACGCCGUUCUCUUGUUGUGCAGUUGUCAUGACAAAGGAUGCAGAUCCUACAUAUGUGAUACGAGCUAUAGACACUCAAAUUGCCUAGACAGGUACAGGAAAAUGAAAGUGAACCACAUGGACAGUUCAUCACAGCCAAGCUCUUCCUUGCCCAGAGAUACGAGUAACCAAACUGUUGAGCAGAGAUCUCGUUUUGGUCUCAACAGAGAAAGCUCCAGACUGUUAAUAGAUGUACCCGAAUUCCGUGAAGAUCUAGGUCAUCAACAUGUCAUUCACAGCUCUGCGGUCAUAUCAGGACAACAUGAAGCAACUAACCAUAAUCAGGAACCAAAUUUAACACUGGAAGCUCAUCAUGGAGAAGGAAGUGAGCCAGCGGAGUCAGCUGAGGCAUCCAGCUUCAACCAAUUGAUAUGCCCAUUGUGUAGGGGUGCUGUCAAGUGCUGGGAGAUCAUCAAAGAUGCCAGACAGUAUUUGGAUGAGAAGCCAAGAGCUUGCUCGAGGGAAGGAUGUGCAUUUUCUGGUACCUAUGGCGCUCUACGUAGACAUGCCAGGAGGGUCCACCCCAAAACAAGGCCUGCUGAUGUGGACCCAUCAAGACGCCGUGCGUGGCACCGCCUGGAGAACCAGCGGGAGUAUGGUGACAUACUGAGCGCAAUUGGGUCAGCUAUGCCUGGGGCUGCUGUGUUUGGAGAUUAUGCUAUUGAAGGUGGUGAUAUGUUGUUACAUGACCGUGAAGGCAGUGGGCCAAGUGAACGAAGUGGUUCUUUGUUGACAACACUUUUACUAUUCCACAUGAUGAGCAGUAGUCCUGUGAGAUCAGGAGAUGAGUUAAGAGUCGCAUCAAGGGGCCUGAGAAGGCAGAGGCGACGCUAUCUGUGGGGAGAAAACUUAUUAGGUAUCCCUUACGAUGAUGAUGAGGAGGAUAACCUAGAUGAAGAGGUUCAGAGGCCAAGGAGUCGCCGAAGGUUCAGAAGAUCAAGGUCGGAGGAGCGGCACUGAUGAAUGGCAAACGGUGGUAAUUACAUUCUUCACCUGUUGUGAAGUUCUUUACCCUUGAAUUAACGAUGACUCCUUGCGUGAUCUUUUCCAUGCCAGCAAAGUUUGAAUGGUUAAACCCUCAUUUCUAUUCACAAGGCCUCCUAUAGUGAUGUCAUCAGAAAUCGUGACCCUUGGGACUUGCUGGAACGCGUGCUUGCUAUCUUAACUGGAGCUGCUCAUGAUACAUGUCGCAUUAAUUUGCUCGGCGUGUUAUAUAUCUCUUUUGCUGUAUAGAGUGUUGGGAGCUACAGUUUUCUGAAUUCAUGCAUGUACUGUUUGCAAUUUGAUGUCGUUGUUCAGUUGAAGCAGGAAGGAAUCACAUUUCCCCCUGA